GCUUUAAAGCAGUUGGAAACAGCAAAUUUGGGGCAACUUGAUGUAGUGCUCUGCCCCUGCAGAGCAGCAGCUGGGGUUGUUUCAACCCCCCAUAAUUUAUAGAUAUUUAAAUUGUACUGGGACAUGUGCAACAGAGAAUUGAGGCUGUAGGACCAUGUGCAUGUCUAGAUCAGUUUCUGAUGUCAAAGCAGCUGAAAGUUGUGUUUAACUAUCAAACCUCCCAAAUGGCAGAAGGGAGACUCUCACUCCUGUCCCCAAGCCACAACAUUGCCACCAGAACCUCAGCUGGCUCUUUCCCUUCCUGGACAAGAGGAUAAUGAGAAGAAAGUGGACAAGGAACCUGCAGCUGUUUCCUCAGGAGGAUCAAUCCACACGAGCUCUCUGCUGGGAGCUGAAGAUGCAGAUGAUGAGACACUUCUCCUGUCUGACACCCUCAGCAGAAGCUCAGGUGCUCUGGACAAACCCAGGGUCCGGCCGCAGAAGAAAUUCUGUGUGACAGAGGAAGUGCUGGAACAGCUGAGGGGCAUUGUCAACGAGGGGGACCCUAAGACCAAAUACAUUGAUUUUGUUCAAGUUGGCCAAGGGUGGCCCUGAAGAAGAUGCCUCUGCGCAGACGGAGCAGGAAGGAACUCCUUUUCAACGAGAUUCAGAUCAUGAAGGAAAACCGGCAUCCCAAUAUUGUCAAUUAUAUAGACAGCUACCUGGUGAAUGAAGACCUGUGGCUCGUGAUGGAAUAUGUGGAUGGAGGCACUUUAACCAGCGUUCUUGUCCGAGUCUUAAUGGAGGAAGGAAUGAUAGCUGCUAUCAGCAAGGAGUGCCUCAAAGCCCUGGACUUCCUUCAUUCAAACAAUGUGAUCCACAGAGAUGUUAAAAGUGACAAUAUUCUUCUCGGGAUGGACGGCUCUGUGAAACUGACUGAUUUUGGCCUGUGUGCUCAGCUGAGCUCGGAGCGGAGCACACGGUGCACAAUGCUUGGCUCUCCUUACUGGGUAGCACCAGAAAUUGUGAAAAGAAAGGAAUAUGACACCCAAGUGGACAUCUGGGCCCUUGGGAUUGUGGCCAUUGAAAUGCUGGAGGGAGAACCUCCAUACUUUAAAGAAAGCCCCAUCCAGGCUCAGCGCCUGAUUGCCCGGAACAGGUACCCCCCUCUGAGGAUGCCCAGCAAGAUGUCCAUUCUGUUCCAUGCUUUCCUGCACUCCUGCUUGGACACCAACCCCAGCAUCCGCUGGACAGCCAGGGAGCUCCUGCAGCAUCCAUUUUUACGAACAGCCGUGAGUCUCUCUGUCCUGCCUGACUUGAUCUGUAUAGCCAGGAAAGUCUGUCAGACCACGGAAACGGCUCAGGACAGCAGUGCCAACACAGAGGAAAAGAAGGAAUAAAAUUUUCACUCCUUUGGGAGAUUUGCUCCCUUCUCACCCAAUGGUUCCAGUCACUUCUGAAUUCUUGGUUGCUUCUUAAAGAUGGAAAGUCCCAAUUAUGGGGGUUUUGAUAUGGUUUGGAGAUGGGGAAGGGUCUCCUUCAUUCAUCAGCUCCAGACCACGCUGCCUCUGGAAUGCCCAUGGGCUGGGAUUUGCCCACUAGUGGCACUUCUGGGUGAGGGAGAAAGUGCAAUGCAUUUCCAGCCAACUGGGGGAGGCAAAACAUCCUGUUGGGUACACACAGUCAGCAGGGAUUGUGGAGUGUUUGGAGAAUUCCCUGU